AGUCAGCAGCACUCGUCUCCAUACACAUAGAAGAACCCCAUCGGAAAACAUGUCUCAUCAGCUUAGCACCCUCUUCUCCAUAGCUCUUCUCAUCAGCUUGGUGCUAACCCAAACCCAAGCCGCUCGUCCGGCGCCUGCCUUGGCCGCGGAUUCUCUGGUUCGAACCCAACAACAUGAGCUACGUACGGAUGUUAAAGCGGAAAACGUUGACGUUGAGGAGAGUUGUGAAGGAGUAGAAGGGAAAGAAGGGUGCUUGAUGAGGAGGACACUCGCGGCUCAUCUGGAUUAUAUCUACACGCAGAAGCACAAGCCAUGAAAGUUGAUCAACAUCUCAUCUCUAUGUUCUCUAUAGCCUGCA